AUACGAUGCUGGAAAGGAAGCUGUACAAGACGAAGCUCUGCAUUCUCUAUCAGAGAGGCCACUGUCCCCGACAGAGCUGCUCCUUCGCGCAUGGUGAUGCCGAGCUUCGGCGCUUCUCCGGCUCUUUCUCUUCCGAUGAAAACUUUACACGUAAUUUUCUUCAGCAUAUAUCAGAGCCUUAUUCUUGCUCAUAUGUAUAUUGCAGAGCAUAUGUGGAGUAAAUCCUGGUUUCUUGAAUUAGUAAUCGAACAGGUCAUCCAAAUAUAUUUUUUAAACAGCAUUAGCUAGUAUUUUAGCAGGAAGACAGGUGGGGUUCAUCAGUAUGAAGUUUGUACUAGGCAAAGGACCUAUUAUUCUUUGCUCUUCAAAGGACUAUGCUGGCUGGUGUUUCCUUAUGUGUUCAGCCAUUGUGGUAGCUUUUCCUAUGGCAUGCUCGUAUUUUUCAUACUCUGGUUAUGGUUCUUUGAAACAAUGGAGGCAUAUAUAAGUGACCUUAGAAGUUAGAUUGCUACUAUGGGAUCUUCUAAAUGUUUCGUAGGCCACUUUUUUAGACCAAAAGAUGUUACAGUGUAUAUCCCGAUGUACUUUACAGUGCAGUUGAUUUAAUGGUGGAGCAAGCAGUAUUCACUUCACCUAUGAGAUCCUUCUUGAUUGGGAUGGCAAAAGGAUUUUAUGGACAGAGACAUUACAACUUAUUAUGGAAAGCUAUGGUCAACAGAGCUGACCGAAUUUAUAUCAGAUGGGAGUUGCUUUUGAUUAUUAUAUCUUAUUAUGGCACAAGGGUCGAAUUGUAACUGUUCAAGUUACAUCAUUUUUCUUACUCUCAAGAAGGCAGCCAUAUCAGCUAUCCUCUGAUAGUUGCUUCUGUGAUGCUCAAAAGGAUUUAUCAGUGGUAUUGGUAUAAGCUCAAACAGGGUAUAGCCGCAUAUGUUCAUUUUUAUGGGAUGUUAGUUUACAUGGCCCCUUUUCGAACUGACACAGAGGCAAUCAUACUAUUCAUUGUUAUAUUUUUCACAUUGCUCUGGGUAAUGGUAAGCUUAACCUUCGAUAUAGUUUAUGGGUUCAUCACUUGGCUUUUAACUAGGAAAAGGAAAAAGAAAUCUCUUCUCCUACUGGAAAAGUUUUUUUUUCAUUUUGUUGCAGGUAGGCGGGAUUAUCGAGCUAGUGAUUUGAGGGACAAGCUUGAAAGACGGCAUUCUCCACAUCGAAGGUAUUCUCCAGGGAGAGAUACUAGAAGUCGGCGUGCAUUUCAUGGUCAGAAACCAGUUCCUUAUGAUAGGGGAUACAGCCCUUCAAGGUCCCCCAGUAAAAGGAGUGAGAGAAGACACAGGAAGAAGCAGCAUUUAGAUGGGCAAAGUGAUGUUUCUGGAAGUCUUAAGAUCUCAGAUGAUGCUGAAGAUCAAAUUAAAGAUGGAAAGCGCUCUUCCUAUGAUGAUAAAGAUGUCCUGGAAGAACAGCUAAAGCAAGCACAAUUGGAUGUUGACAUGCUCGAUGACCAUAAAUGUCAACUUGAGAUGAUCGUAGAGGAGAAGGCGCAAGAAGCUGAAACCCUUACCACUAGAAUUGAGGAGCUGGAAACCCAAUUGAACAAAGAGCAAGAAGAUUGUAAAAGGAUUACUUCAAAAAUUAAAAAGUUCAUCAAAGCACAUAAUCGUUACUCACGUGCACAAGAGGAGCUAAAAAGAACACAAGCUCGACUUCAAAGACUGGGGGAUCAGCUUGGUUCAGAUACUGCAAGAGCAGGUGCCAAUGAAGAAGGUUCAAGUGUUAACAUUGUUAGUGAUGGAGAGGCUAAUGAGGAUAACCGGAUGAGUCCAAGGAACGAAGUGCAGAACCAUGCAUCUCCAAGCAGGAAAAGGCUGCGAGGUGACUUGGGAGUUGGUGAGGAAUCAAAACAAGUACUCUCAAGAAGAAGAGAGGGGCUCUUGUCAGGAAAGAUUAAAUUAGAGAUGCUUACUCGGUGGCAAGGACCUGCCCAAGUGGAAAAUAACAGCAAGGAAGCUGAACUGCUAAACAAAAUCCCAACUGGGAACAAUGUUCGUAGGCCCCUAGCAAAUGCAAUCAAGCAUAAACGAGGAAAGAACGAUUCUUCUAGCACUGCUUCCUUGGAUAAGGUAAAGGGCUCAGAAGCAGGACAUUUGUUGCCUCCAACUAGCAUGGCUGCUCAUGCAGUAGAUGAAUUCAUCGAAGCCAUUGAAUUGGAGGAGAAGUUUGAGACAGGGGGAACUGCUACUGCUCCAGAGAAUGGAACCUCAGAAGAUAAGGCAGGCUUUCCUUUUCUGCCACCCCCACCUCCAAAAAUCCCUCAGAAGAUUUAUACCCAGUAUGAGGGUGCCGACGAGGAUGUGGAUGUGGAAGAGCUCGAUGUGGAUGUGGGAGAUGCAGAUGUCAACAGCGAAGUGGAAAUUGAGCAGCUGUAAGUAAUGCAUCUUCUAACCAAUCAAUUAUUCAGUUCGAUUUUGACCAAGAAAGGCAAUCAUCUUAUUUGCAGUGGCCUGAUAAUGGCUGGUGGUAUCAUCUGAAUUCCCUAGUUCAUUGGCCCUAGUGUUGUGUAGUUUUAGACUCCUGAAUUCAGUAUUUUGCUAUUUGUCCUUUCUUCUUUAUGCAAGUUUUUGUUGAGGAACUGGAAUUAGAUUUUAAUCAAUGGCAGAUUGGGGUUUAAGCA